CCUUAGAAACUUAAUGGCAGCACAGUCUCAGGGAAAGCAAAGGCACAUGAAGCACACCUGGUCAAAGUGAUAAGCUGGUUUUACUACGUCUCUUCAGGAGCAAGGAGGUGGGGGGUAAGAGUUGGUGUUCCAGGAAGGUCGACUCUGAACACCAUGGAGGUGGGUAAUGUCACUACGACUGCAUCACUUUUGCAUGGGCCCAUCGUCUUGUUCCUUUGUUCUUCUUCUCGGGUUGGGCGUUCAUAAAAGUCUGCUGCUGCACUACAUUCUCUGCGAUCGCUCCACCUUGGUGCCCUCAAUCAUGGAAGAAUCUCUGUGCCGAGAUUGUGAAGCUGACACGAUCUCGAAAAAGACUGUGAAGAGUGGCUGCAAGCGAGUGGCUCGGACGAACUGCAGCGGCGGCGGCGGUGUUGACGAGGCGAGAAAGGGGAGCAAGGGCGGCAAACAUCCGGCGUACCGAGGUGUACGAAUGCGUGCCUGGGGCAAAUGGGUGUCGGAGAUCCGGCAGCCGAGGAAGAAGACGAGGAUCUGGCUCGGGACGUUCCCGACGGCGGAGAUGGCGGCCAGAGCCCACGACGUGGCGGCGCUAUCGAUCAAGGGCCAGUCGGCGUGCCUCAACUUCCCCGAACUGGCCGCCGAGCUCCCGCGACCGGCCUCCGCGGCUCCCGAGGACAUCCAAGCAGCAGCCGCGCUGGCGGCGUCCAUCAUGUUCGGUGAUCCCCGCCCGGGAACAUGCACGAGCGCGGAGUCCGGCCUGAGGCAGACUGAGCUUCCGGUCUCACGAUCCCCACCUCCGUUAACCCCAUCGAGCGAUAGCGACGAUGCGCUCUUCGACCUACCGGAUCUCUUGCUUGAUGUAGGGGAAGGGUUCUGUUACUCCUCGCCAUGGGAGAACUGCAUGGAGUUUCGACUGGAGGAGCCAUUACUAUGGGAAUACUAAUAGACCUGGAAAUGAGCCGCAGCUGCAACUGUUCAUCUUCUUGUAGAGCUCCUCGUCUGGUGGAAUUGAAUCCAUAGAUGAAACACUAGACUGAGCUAGUUGU